UGUCAUUUCCAUGUUGCUGCGAUCUUAGUUGGAGUUCUCAAUACAAUAUGCCAUAUUAUACAUUCGUGUUCAGUGCAGUGUGAAAGUACUUGUAUUAAAAUGGAUUCGUUUCAAGAAACCUUCAAUGAUCUUGAAAACGAACUAAUUUCCGAUUUUAGGAGAAAGAGACUGAAUUUCUACAAGGAAGAAAAUGCCAGAUUCGAAGAAUGUCUUACACGGGUUGGAUUGAUGCAUGACCAUAGUCCUACUUGGGACUUAGAUUCAGUAGAAUCGGUUAAUGCGUUAAAAGAACUCAGCAGUGCCCAACAGUAUUUCGAAACGUCUGAAUGUAGCGCUGAAGCUAUGGCGUUGUCAUACAUCGAACAAAAAAUCGAAGAUAAUUAUUGUAUAAAAACCUUGAAGAGCGAUAUUAAUAUUUAUGUGGGAUUGAACGAGGAACUGGAAAAGGAUAUCAAAACAUUAACAAGGCAACUAGAUGAGGCAAAGAAAAAUAUGAAUGAAGCAUUCAAUGUAUCAAAGGAUAUCCAUAUUAUGAAUAAAAAAAAUGAAGGCUAUGCAAAAGAUCUGGAAAAAUUUAAAAAAAAGUAUCCUUGGUUGGAAAAUCCUCAAUUAGAAUUGACUCACAUCGCUAAAGAAACCCAAACUCUGUUGAGUAUGCUAGAAGAAAAAGAAGCCUUGGAAAAGGAAUUCUCGGUUUAUGAAGGCUUGAGCCCUGAUAAACAAGAAGCAUUGCGUCAAAGAAAUGAAAUGAAAAAGAAGAAACAAAUAUUAGAUGCACUCAGGAAGCGGUGAAAAUUUACUUAUAUUUUUAUAAAGCUUUCAUGUUGUCAUUUUUCCAGGAAGAAAGGCAUUAAUCGCCUUUUCAAUAUUAUAAUAAUAUCUCUAUUUUCCUUGAAAUAUCAAAGUGAUUUACUGCAGUAUUUAUUAGUUUCCAAUAAUUAUAUUUUUGAAUAUAAUUCUUUAUUCUGUA